AGGCUGUAGGCUUAGUAUCACUUUGGCUGAUCGCUCAGUUAUUAGUCCUAGUGGAAUUGUGGAAGACGUAAUAGUAAGAGUUGGCAAGUUCUUCUAUCCAACUGACUUUGUGAUCCUUGAUAUUAACAAGGAUUCGGAUAUGCCACUCAUACUUGGGCGUCCUUUCCUUGCCACCGUCAAGGCAUUAAUUGAUGUGAAUGAUGGUACUUUCAUACUGAGGGAUGGUGAGGAGAGAAUUACCUUUUCGGUUGGCAUUAAGAGCAAAGUGCAUGAUGCUAAGGUAGUGGAUUUGGAGAAUGAGAUUGCAAGUGGUGGUAAGCCGUCUAAGGCGAGUCCCACUAGUGUUUGUGUCCCCUGUGAUGAUGAGGUGCAGGAAAUCAAGGCGUGUACUAAGCCCGAAGGAAAGAAGAAGAGAGCAUGGAGGGAGAGGCUUCACCAAGCCUCCAUCCAAUCAAAGGACAAGGGGAAGGCAAAGAUGUGGGGUCAAGAAGGCAACCCAAUGGAGCUAAAUGUGGGAGGCGACAAGUCUCACCCUGAUACCGUGGCGGAUCCAAUCUCGGUGGCCUCAAGCUCAAAGGCGUGAUAGAUCCGCAACCGUCAAGCUAAUGACGAUAACUUAGCGUUUGUUGGGAGGCAACCCAACGACGGUUUGUUUUCUUUUCUUUAUUUUUCUCUUUUUGUGUGCGAAGAGUUCAAGUGUUGAAUUUGGGUAUCAUCGUGCCAAGUCUCUGUGAUUUGGGUUUUGGGAUGUGAUGUGAUCAAAUUAGGGGCACAGUUGACUAGAUUGAGUCAAAGAUUUUUGGGAGUGUCCUGUUUUUCACUCAGUUCGCGGGUUGGGCUUCCAGUUCACGGUCUUACGUGAUCGUGAAGUGGAGUCUACAUCCAUGAACUGAGGGUGCUCCCCCAUUUUCAAAAAUCAUUGUUUAACCCCAGUUCAUGGGCUGGGAGUUAUGUUCACGGUCUUAGUGACCGUGAACUCAGACCUCCAUCCUUGAACGGCUCAAUUCACUUCACGACCACCCCUUUCGCCAGAAAUUUUUAAGAACUCGCCGGAAAAUCCUAAUUUUCCAUUGAUUUUUGUAGAUCUUGGCGACCUCCGGCUUCCAAUUCCAAAAAAAACCACAGACCCAGCCAUCCCUCACCUUCGAGCAUCUUCGCCUGAGUUUUGCGAAGGUUUGGCUCAAUUUUUUUCGGCGAGGCGAUUUCCGGUGAGCCUCCGACGAGCUUCCGACGAGGCUCCGACGACCCCUCUCUGGCCAUUUUUUGUGCACUUUUCAGCUCCCUCGCCCUCCCCUCACUUCCACCUCGACCCUACUCGAGUCUCCAGGUUUUUUUUCAACUUUUCCCUUAUAAUUUGUUGGAGAAUCGGAUUAAGGUGUGAAGUGAGGUGAAUUUUUGUGAAUUGAUGAUUGAAUGAGAACCUAGGGCGAGGGAUUAGCCGAUUAAUGUGUAUGAAUGAUGUUUGAUGAUGCAUGAGCUUAAUUAAGCCUUGGUGGGCAUCAAUUUGGACUAUAUGUGUGGUUGAGUAUGAAAAUUGCCCACCAAGUGCAAAAAUGUGAAUGAAUGUGGAUCAUUGCU